CAGAGGAACCCACAAGUGCUCCUGUGUGUACUGGGUGACAUAGAGCCAAAGCUAAUGAGCACAAUCACCAGAGAUGACUAUACUUCACCCAGAAACAGCGAGUUGUUUUGGCGCCGUCAUUGUUCUGUUGUUGCACUUGUGAAGGAAGAACCAGGCAAAAAUAAUUCACCUCUCAACCAUAAGAGGGGGUACUGUGCAAAUGGCAUCAAGCAGUCCUCAAAGGCCACUGGCGAGGAGCUGCCUCCCUGCCCCCAGCCACGAGGAAUAUUCUCUGAGGGCCAAACAUUCUACCCUCAUGUGCUCCUGUCGAUGGUCCAGCGCAUCUACAAGCAUGUCUUCAUA